AUCUUCACACCGUCAACAUGAAGCUGGUACUGCUCGCCCUCCUGGUCGCCCUGGCCGCCGCCGCCCCCCGCCCUGAAAAGGACGCCGUGACCCUAGUCGAUGACCGCAGUGACAGUGGUGACGGCAACUUCCAGUACAACUUUGAAACUAGCAAUGGGAUAAUCGAGGAGCGAACUGGUACCCCGGGUUCAAAGGGCCAGAGCAACAUGCAAGGUUCCAUCAGCUUCACCUUCCCCGACGGCACGCCAGCUUUGAUCGUCUACCAGGCUGAUGAGAACGGCUUCCAGCCACAGUCUGACUUGAUCCCGACGCCCCACCCGCUACCCGCCCACGUCCACGAGCUCAUCCGCAUUGCUGAGGAGCAGCGCGCUCAGGGCAUCGUCUUCGAGAAAUAGGUCCGACGAUGACCCGCAGCUUGACCCAUAAUUCUAUGUUACUGACGUUCCUAUAUACAUAAAAAACUUGUCCAUAAUUCUGAGACGCCCACUCAGCGUGUCAGGACUAUGGGGAUAGUCUGUUGUUAUUUAACAUAUCGAGAAUAAAUAUAGUUUUUAUAAAUGUU